UUGGACAACAAAUGUCUGAAGUUUCAUCUCCUGCAUUUUCCUUUAUAUAUAGACACUAAUGGACUAAAGACAUUUGUCUCUUGAAGAAAUUAACCAUGGCAAAGAGUGAUGUCAAAGUGAAAGUUUUGGGUACAUGGUCGAGCCCAUUUGUGAUGAGGGCAAGGAUUGCCCUUAACAUCAAGUCUGUCAACUAUGAAUUUCUUCAGGAGAGGUUAUGGGAAGGAAAAAGUGAGCUUCUUCUCAAAUCAAACCCGGUUCACAGAAAAGUCCCAGUCCUCAUUCAUGGUGAUAAGUCCAUCUGUGAGUCUCUCAUUAUUGUCCAAUACAUUAAUGAGGUUUGGUCCUUUGCUCCCUCCAUUCUUCCUUCUGAUCCCCAUGAACGUGCCACCUCUCGUUUUUGGGCUCCUUAUCUUGACGAAAAGUGGUUCCCUUCCCUAAGAACUAUUGGUGUUGCUCAAGGAGAGGAUGCAAGGAAGGCAGCAAUAGCGCAAGUGGAGGAAGGGCUGCUGCUAUUAGAGGAGGCAUUUGGCAAGUGCAGCAAAGGGAAACCUUUCUUUGGUGGGGAUCAAAUUGGAUACCUUGACAUUGCAUUUGGGUGCUUUUUGGGCUGGCUAAGAGUGACAGAGAAGAUGAGCGGGAUGAAGCUGCUUAGUAUAUCCAAGACUCCUUCUUUGCUUAAGUGGGCUGACAGAUUCUGCUCUGAUAUCGCUGUUAAAGAUGUUAUGCCUGAGACUGAAAAGCUUGCAGAGUUUGCUAAGAUGAUCAUGGCCAAAAUGAGAGGAGCGGCUCCUCCCAAAUGA